ACCAAAACAGUUUAACACGCAACAUCUUUCAAAGAAACUUUUAAAAUGAAGGUAUUGGCGUUGUUAGUAGUUUGUGUGCUGGAAAUUCGAGCUUAUCCCUAUCCUUAUCAUGGACCAAACGUGGAUUCAUACUCAUACGGAUCUAUGGACAGGAAUCGUGGGGGUAUGGUGGUAAGCCGCUACUAUAAUCCAUAUUACAACCCACGUACAGUGGGUGGUGGUGGAAUGGCUGCAUUCAUGUUCAAGCCCGAAGAAUACCAACCCCAAGCCAGUCAAUACUACAUGCCAGACAGACGCCGGCAAACUCCCCAGGAUAUUAACUAUGCGCCACCGCUACAGAACGAGGUUUACUACCAAACACCAGAAGUUCCCUCUGAACCAGAGCGAACUUAUGUCCCUGAGUCUCCAUUUGUGCCCUCUGAACAACCAGUUGCUACAGAAGCCACUGAAAUGGCAGACCCAACUGAAAGAAUCGAAGUCCCGACUACAGCAAAGGAGGUAGCAGUUCCAGAAAUAACAGAACCCGAGGCAGAGGAUAUCCCGGAACCAGCUCCAAAGAAGCGAGUCACAAAGAAGAAACAAGUAAAGAAACCUGAUGAAGACGAGGAAGAGGGUGAUGAUUAUCCCCCAAGAAUGCCAACAGGUGCCUUCUUCCCGAUGUUCUUUGGAUACGGUGGAAGAUCUGGUCAAGGUACUCCUCAAGGAGCUACAGCAAUCGCGAACGCUUUCAGCACGGGUCGUGGUGGUGUGGCUACAAGCCAUGCGACGGCAUACGGACCACCAAGAACCGAAAGUAAAUUGUAAAUAAAGCAUAUAAGCAAAGAUUUUAAAAGUCGAAGGUUUUAAAAAUUAUUUCAUACUUUGCUUAAAGAAUAUAGUCGCGGAGAAAUUAUAGCUAAGAUGCCUUUAGUUAUAUGUAUUAUAUGUAAUAUAAACGAUUUUAUGUAAUGUGACAAAUAUAAUUUCAACGCUGAAAGUAAGUUUUGCCACAGAUUGUCUUUGAAAAUUAUAAUGUAAUGUUGAACAUUAAAUUAAUUGCCAGUAUGAUUUUA